AUGAAGAGACUAUUUUCUGGUCAGAAAUCACGGUCAGCCUCCCCCAAUUUACAGAGCAGUGGGACUUUUGAGCCCACCCGGGAGAAUAACACACUUGAGUCCCAAGGACAGAUAUCCCCAGAGUUAUCCCCAAUUUUCACGCUCGUCGCUGCUCAAUCCUAUAGACAAUAUUAUGAGGGCAUUUUCAUGCUGCUGCAAGAUUUGAACUCUGAUGGGAAACCUGGCGAACGAAAAUGGAACGAGGUUUACGGUGUGCUCACUGGUACCCAACUCGCCGUCUGGGAUGCUGAAAAACUGUCAGAGUACAAAGACGAUCCAAGCAAGCUGGCUAGUACCGCUUCUAAGCCCAUGUAUAUUAACUUCACAGAUGCGACUUUCAAGGCUUUGGAUACUUUACCGUCUACCAACGGACAAUUGCACAAUGUAAUAGUUCUGUCCACCACUCUAAAAAACAGAUAUCUCCUCCAGUUCAACGAUAAGGAGCUGUUCAAAAGAUGGAAUGCUGCCUUCAGACUCACCAACUUCGAAUCUACGGCCUUGCAAGAAGCUUACACUGCAGCAAUACUGUCUAGUCGUGGCUCAAGACUUUCUGAUAUCAAAGUUAUUCUCGCAGAGACUAAAUUCGAACAUCAAGAUUGGGUCAGUGUUCGAUUUGGAACAGGUAUGCCGUGGAAGAAAUGUUUUGCUGUUGUUGAACCACCAGCUAAGAAAUCCAAAAAAGAUAAAGUCUACGUCGGCAGAGUAGUUUUUUAUGAAAAUGAGAAAAAAUCCAAGAAGGGCAUCAUGGCAACUAUUACAAGAGCAACGUCCAUCUACGCUGCUUAUCCGCAAUCUGCCCUCCUGGUUGACAGAAGUACCUUGAUCAAACUCGAAGGAACCAUCACGUUUUCAAAGGAAGAUGAUCCUAAAGAUGCAUCAGUGUUCUUAAUGCCAGAAGAACAUUCGUCUGUGCCUGGUUAUGAUACUCUCAUCAGAUUCAUUGUGCCCCUAAUGGACGCCUUUAAUCUGUACGGAAGACCCAAGAGGCUCAAUGCUGACAAGCGAGAGAUUGAAUCUCUUUUAUUUGGUCUACCUGUACUCCCCAAAGUCCACUACCUUGAAAUCGAUGACUUGCUUUUACUAACCGGAAGUUCCACAACUACCAACUGGACUUUAAAAGACUGGACUAUGGGUAUAAAGAAAAUUCUUCUGAACAAAAUGCAGUCCGGCUACACUGGCUGCGGUUCUGCUCAUGGAAUAACUGGCGCUGUAAGUUCAUUGAAUAAAGACAACUCCAGCAGGGCUAGCUCUCCGCGUAUUGCUCCGAGUAGAGGCAGGGGUACUUCAUCGAUCUCUCCAGCACCUCAAAUGCUUAAAUCGACUUCGCAAAAUUCCCUGGGAAGUGAAAAGUACUUGAAGCCCUCAAUUGAACUGAAAUAUGGUGAGAGCAAAGACUCGAUUCCAUCAGAGGUUUCACGAGAAGAUGACCGGAGCCCAGGGGCAGAUUCUACGAGACUAAGUGAAGUUUAUAGAAAAUACUCUGAGAUCCAAGCUCCUUCUUCAGAUUAUGUUGGUCCAGAAUUUUUAACUGCUGAUAUGAAUGAUAUGUCAUUAGGCCCUCGUGGUCCGUAUGAGAUGAAUCAACGAAUUCUGAGUCCCUACUCAGAGUUUAGAAAAAAUAACGCUUCAAACAGUGAUUCUCUUAUUUCCUCUACUUCCACUAGAACUGCAAUCAUCGCUGAAGACUUUGAUGUUUUCAAGGCUCCUCCUACGGCCAACGUUUUUGACCCAACUUAUGACGGAUACGAUAAUGAUGAAGAUGAAGGUAAGGAGCUUCCGAAGAUUACACAAACUGACCACAGUGGAUACGAUGCGCCUUUACGAACCCCAGACCAACCCACAUUUGGCUCUGAAGACAAGUUCUCUCCAUUGACCGCGUUCAAACAGCAGUUGAACAGCUCUCUUGCUCCAGUGCAGAAAACCACCAGUAACAGUAGUAACAGUGGUCCAGGAAGAUUGUCCACGGCGUCAUCUUUCUAUCCAACUAGCAACGAGUCUUUACCUCAGCAGACGAACAGAAGGGGUCCUAAAGAUAAUGUUGAAAACAGGGAUCCUUACAGACAGGGUUCCCCUCAAGUGCAAGCACCUCGUGAGAGUAAUGGAUUUGCCGACCAGUUCUACAAACGACAACAGUACCCCCAGCAACCGAUUCAAGCUGACCACCGUUCUCGUCCACAGGAGCAACAGGAUAAACGCUGGCAGCAGCCGCAAGAUUACAAUGCGCAACCCCCACACAUUGCAAAGAACUAUCAACCCAGAAGUCACCCUCAAUCACCUCAACAACAUAAUACCUAUCCCCAGCAACAACAGUCGCUUUAUUCUUCACAACAGCCGCAGCAACAGCAGCCACAGCCUCAACAGUAUCAAUAUCAAUACCAAUAUCAGGCUCAACCAAGGCAUUUUCAACAGCAAGGUCCUGCGUACCGAGCACAGGGGCCGCAUGGUCCAGGUCAUCCAGAGCAGACACAGCAAGGGUAUCCAACCCCCCACCGCAAGCCUGCUCCGCCUAACACCCAUACUAAUGCUUCAAGUACUACGAGAUCUGACGAUCCUUACGCUACUGCUAGGAGGCAACAACCAAAUUAA